CCCCCCCCCCCCAAACAACAAAUUAUUUAUUCUCCAUUUAUUAUUCUUCAUUCAUCCAUCAUCAAUUUAUCCAUUCUUCACAAUCUCACCAUCCACCCUCCAUCAUCCACCUUUUAUACCAUCCACCAUUUAACCACUCAACUCCCCAACAUUCAAUCUCACUUUCUUCCCCCGCUGACUGGCCAUCAUCCACUCAACUCUUGUGCGACUUUCUUUCCACCCCCACCGACCGCGCCUCAUCCCAUCCCAAUUGCAUGUGAUGCCCGACUCCGCCUCCUUCUAGUGCUGAGCUUUCGCAUCGCAACCAGUUCACAGUCCUUUCUUCAUUUGCUAUAUCCCCAUUUCCCGCUGUUGCGAUCGACUUGAUCCGUCAUGUUUGGCUGGUGUAGCACCCUGGGCCUACCCUCCGCGAGCUCAGAGCCUGAGAAAGAGCGCCGCCCCCCUCCCGCCCCCACACCACUCGAUUUCCCCGUCUAUCAGCUACCGGAACUCUCGGAUAAGGACCAAGAUGCAUCCCUGUCAAGGCUGAAUGAAGUGUUGGCCUCAAUUCGACGGCCACAGGACAUCAACCCCCAGAAGUUUGAGGCGCUUAACCUAAGACUGCAAGAAAACGUGUCGGCUGCAGAUAUUGUUCGUCACAAUGGGCCAAAGACAGACCCUCCGCUCCCCUGGGAGAACAUGUCAGCGCGCUCAUCCCCGGUCGAUGAAGAUGGCUGCCCGAUUCUGAUGGACAAUGGAAAUUCAUUUCCCUCUCGGGACCGAUUCGAAUUGCUCCAGAGCGAACUGCUUCUAGACAAUGAUGAUGCUUUCCGAGAGGUAGGCAGACUGCCUCCCCGCGAAGGCCGGGAAAGGGUUCGCGUGGCUCAAACGAGGAAGUUCUGGACGGGCCUGGAGCGGAUGGCCCAGUACUGGGAUAGCAGCUUAGACGACUACUAUGAACGCCCGAAAACCCCAGAGCAAGCAGGAGCAGAGAAGAUGCAAAUUGAUGGGGAGACACAACGAUCAGAGGGCCAAGACCAACCGGAGACAACCAUGGAUAUUGACCCAGCGCCGCCAGCACAAGCAUCGGAUGCCGGUCCAAAAGCGCAGCCAGAGGCCACCCCGGAAAUGGUACCAAUGUACAAGGGUCGGCGUAUAGGAUCGGGGAACGAGAUGCCAGAAGAUGUGCGCGAGGAAACCAUUCGAGCAUUGACCGAAAUGGCCGCAUGGCCGUUUGGCUGUCAGGCUGCCCCGCCUAUUUCCCCCCCUAGGUUGGCCGUCAAGAACUUGCUCUUCCCUGUUCGACACACGUUCCAAACUGCCCGAUCUCCCAAGGACCGUCAGCUGGCGCGAAGCGGGGUCAUAGAAGGGCCUAUCUUUGCAGCCCAGUGCCGCCCCGAGACCUCAUUCCGUGGGCCCCAGGAGGCCCCAGGCUCUGGCAUGGGCGAGGUGUGUGAUCUGCUCCGUGAGGUGGGUGCCAUGCUCUUGACAGCUCAGGAACGGGCGAGGCAGGGGGAAGCCGAGGUGAGGCCAGGCGAAGGCAAAUGGUGGACGACCGUGCCCCGAUGGGGUGGUGCUUUGAACGAUUCCGUGAGCGACUACGAGAAGGAGACCCAUGGGGAGGACAAGCUGUCGUCCAUGAGUGGAUAUGCGCGCAAGCGCUCCAAGUACGAGCACCCAUUCCUCGCAUCACGGCGACCGAGUGCUACGCGGAAAUUGAGCAACAGCGAACGGUGGAAGAUCAUCCAGCCAGGGCCCGGUCUUUGGGAUAGACGGAUGCGGUACAUACAGAUUGGGAAGCCGCUGGACAGCGCGUAUGACGACAUCUACCUCUUGUCCUCCAUCAACCAUCACGUGUCUAUUCUCCAUCUGCGCGUGCACCGACGAUAUCUCGAGGUCAUUACAAACGGGUCGAGCAACUUCCCGCCGGUAACAGACACCCCGGAUCAGCCAUGGUAUGUGUUACAGCUGCGGCGCACCCGGUGGUACGACCUCUUCGACGGGGGAGACCGGGUCGAGGUGCUGAAGGGGAUUUGGCGGAUCUUCCACUAUCUCCUGCGGCAGCAGCCCGAGACUCAGUUUCUGAACUAGCUGAUUUACCGUGCUUUGACAUUGCAUUUGACUUUGAUAUACCAAUUUGUUUAUACCAAUUAGUUGGUCUUUGGACAGAGCGUCUAUUUUCAUGGCAUGAUCAAUGUAUUAUGAGAUAAAGGGUGUGUGGCAUUUACUUGACAUCUAGAUGGAUCAUACGGAAGAUAUCCAGUGCAUAGUAUGCAUAGUAUAGAAUGGCAU